AUGCUGGAGGCGGCUCUAGGCUUGCGGGGGGCCGCUGGGGUCCAGUGGUGGCCAUUGGAGGAGCCACUGCGGCCACUCAGGUGAUUACGAAAGGCUCCCAGGAGCGUCUUGUGAACGAAGACCUCACGGGAGUUGCCUCUUCACCCAAAGGUGCGCGCGCCGCCGAGCCCGGGGUCCCGCAGCGGCGCCAUCGAGACAUCGGACGUCUGGUCUGGGCCCGCCUCCGGCGCCGUGCAGUUUUUCAGACCGGGGCCCCUUUCGGCCAAUGGCGCGUUCCGCGGCCGUGCUGGUGGCUGUCCUCGCCGCGCUGGCGCUCCUCGCGGGGCCCGGCUUCGUCUCCUCCCCGGCGGCGCGCGAGCAGCGGGAGGCGGGCGUGGCCACGAGGGUCUUGAGGAACAACCAGUUCGAGGACAUGACGGCCUACGACGCGCCCAGGCGCAAGCCGAACUUCAACGGCAUCCGCACUGGCCUCAGCGACCUGCUGAAGCCCUUGAACAGUGAGUACGGCGUCACGGCCAAGGAUCUCGGACAGCCCCGCCACGUACGUCGUGCUGGUCUUCGCCAUCGUGAUGCUGUUCCUGUUCUA